AUGAAUCCCGCAGAUUAUCAUCCAAGAUUUCAAUUAGCUUUACGUAGAAGCCUGUUUUUUUUGUUUUUCCUUUCGAUAUGGUUCUUAGUAGGUACUGUAGUUUUUGCAUUUUUUACUUCUCAAAGUCAGAAAUUACCAAAAAUUUCCACGGCAGAAGAAAUUUUUGAAAAUAGACGAACUGCAUUAUUGAACGUUCUUUGGGCAGAAUCUGUUACUCAAUCUGAAUCAGAUUGGUAUUCACAGGCAAAUAAGAAAAUGGAACUCUAUGAGAAGAUACUUUCGUCGACUUUGAAGUAUCGUGAGAGUAGUAAUUCCAAUGUUCUGACAAAGGGAAUGAAAAAAGCAUUCUAUCUCAUUUCACUUGUCGGAUUGGGAGAAGUUGAUGAAUUCUCUACAGAAGAGAAGAUUUUUGCAGUAUUCUAUGUACUCAUAGGAGCUCCUAUAUUUCUCAUUGUUUUGACUCAAUUCAACAAAAUGAUUUCAACGUUAUGGAAGGGAUCGUCUGUGUACUGGCCAUUCAUUGGAUUCUUGUUCUUCUCAUCAGUUGCUUUCAAUGUUCUUCAUGAUGAUGACGAUCCAGAUGAAUCUUUUGUUGACGUCAUAUUCCGAGUAUUUCUUCUUUUCACAUCAAUUGGAAAUCGUUACUGUUCAUAUGAUAGUAUCAUGGCGUACCUUUUCAUAAUCAUUGGCCUUUCUUUCUCAGGAACAAUAUUCGCUCAUGUUCAGCAUGAAAUUGAACGAAACGUUCAUUCCAUUGAACUGAACUUCAACAAAACAUUUUCCGUGUAUGAACGAUGGAUGAGUGAGAAAGAAGAAACAACUAAUGGUUAUAAGACCAUCAUCGAGGAAGAUGAAGAUGAAGAUUACGAAGAAAGCAUUUAA